AUGCCAACCAAUUACGUCACCUAUUGGUCGGACACGUCAGUCAACACACCGUUCACUACACGGCAGGGGUUGGUAACUAGUCGUGUGGACAGUCGUGUGGACAGUCGUGUGGUUGCAAUGGUUGGCAACACAUGUCCCACCCGUUCCCUGAGAUGUGAAGACGGGUUUCUCAUAUACUUCGCGAACCUUAGUGUCCACGACGUGGAUGUCAUAUGGAUUGACUACGAGGGCUAUGAAGUGGUUUACAAGACUUUAAGACACAGACAAAUGUUUAAAUUGCAGACUUUUGUGAGCCAUCCAUGGAUUUUCAGACAUAGACUCACAAAACGUCGAUUUCUUUUUCAAACCAAACCUCAAACCACUUGCCAAGACAUCGUCAAUAGUCUGACAUUCAUUGCACAAGAAAUACCUGAUAAUGAGGUUCAAGUGAUCUAUAUUUUCGAUGUCUUUCAGUCGUUGAAAGAGAAAUGCUUUCAAUCGGUGUAUAAAUCAAUUGGACUCCACGGUAGUGAAGAACUCAAUGAAUCCGAUAUUCCUAGAGCUCUGAUCAAAGAGUACCACAAAUAUGUGAAUCUCUUUUUGACUGUUUAUGAUUCGCGUGAAUGUCGGGCACACAUCCCAUGA